AUGGUAGAAAGACAGAGAUCCAUCUUAUCAAAAUGUGUUGUCUGUAAGAGACAUUCUGCAAAGAAGCUUGAUAUUCUUACUGCAUCUCUUCCGGAGGACCGAAUCCGAGAAGCUGCUGCGUUUGAGAUCUGUGGCAUUGACCUGGCUGGGCCACCAUUUCUCAGAGAUAAUAAGAAGUCUUGGGCCUGUCUCUUCACCUGCGCUGUCUAUAGGGCUGUACACAUCGAAUUAGUGACUUCUUUAUCUACGCAAUCAUUUUUACUGGCUUUGCGCAGAUUCAUAGCCCGUAGGGGACGUUGCAGCAUUAUCUAUUGUGACAAUGGCUCUAAUUUUGUGGGUGCUUCUAAUCUGCUGAGUAAUCUGGAUUGGAGCCUUAUUGUAAAUGACACUGCUCUUCAUCCUAUUAAGUGGAAGUUUAACCCACCGACUGCCUCUUGGUGGGGUGGAUGGUGGGAGCGACUGAUCGGUAUUCUUAAAAGAUUAAGAAGAGUCUUAGGUCGAUCUUCUUUAACAUAUGAACAGAUGACGACGGUGUUAUGUGAUAGCGAAGCCAUAAUCAAUUCACGACCGAUGACGUAUGUCACGGAUAAUGAUGCAGAGUUGGUUCCAUUGACUCCGUCAAUGUUCCUGCAGGAUAUCAAAGUGAGUGGUGUUCCUGAUUGUGAUAAAGCUGAUCACCAGUCUUAA